AUGGGCCUAGAGAAGGUCAAGCAUAUUGUGCUGGUACUUUCCGGGAAAGGAGGCGUCGGCAAGUCAUCCGUCACAACACAGCUUGCGCUGUCGCUCUCUCUCGCCGGUCACUCUGUCGGCAUUCUCGACGUCGACCUCACCGGCCCCUCCAUCCCGCGCAUGCUCUCGAUCGAAGCGUCCAAAGUCACACAAGUCCCUGGCGGCUGGGCGCCCGUGCUCGUACACGAAGCGAAACCGGAGGAGAAUAUUGGCAGUCUGCACGCGAUGAGCCUGGGGUUCCUACUCCCGAAUAGAGGCGAUGCCGUCGUGUGGCGUGGGCCAAAGAAAACAGCCAUGAUUCGACAGUUUCUCAAAGACGCAUUCUGGGGGCCGACCGACUUCCUGCUCAUCGACACGCCGCCGGGGACAAGCGACGAACACAUCUCCCUGAUGGAAACGCUUCAGCGCGACGCCCUACCGGGCCAGGUGGCAGGUGCCGUUGUAGUGACGACUCCUCAGGCGGUGGCUACAGCCGACGUGCGAAAGGAGCUCAACUUUUGCGCAAAAACCAAUCUCUCGGUGCUCGGUGUCGUAGAGAACAUGAGUGGCUUCGUAUGCCCGCACUGCUCAGAGUGCACCGACAUCUUUGGGUCAGGGGGCGGCAAGGUCAUGGCGGAAGAGUUCAAGGUGCCGUUCCUGGGAUCGGUGCCGAUGGACGCGCAGUUUAUUGCUCUGAUCGAAGAGGGGAGAAGACCGACAUACCCAGUAGGGACAGAGGUUGCUGGCCAUGAUAUAUCAAGCAAGGUGGCGGAGAUUCCAGACGCGGAGGACAAGGGGUCGCUCGUGGAUAAGUACAAGGACUACACCGAUCUGUACUCCGCGUUCGAAAGACUUCUCAAGCAGCUCAUUGCUGCUGGCUUCCGCCAGCUCCUCGAGAACAACCACUUCCUGUGGGCCUACUCUCUCAGACAGACACCGCGAGGUCUGUUUGAGCGGCAGCUAGUGCUCCGCGGACUCUGCCAUACGGGCAUAGACAGUCAGGCAUCUUCCAGCCACUCCCCUCAUCAGCCUUGGUUCCCAGGUGCUCCUGGCACUCGAUCAACCACGAUGCCGAGCCAAUCAGUUCCCAACAACUACACCUUCUCUCCUUCCGAUGCGACACCUCACCUGACCAUCAACCACGAUGUCGCCGCGGAGCUCGACUCGAGCAACGCUUUCGAAGGACCCGAGAAGCUUCUUGAAGUCUGGUUCUCUCCCAGCCCUGACGACCUGCCGGCCGGCGCCCAGCCUGAUGGCUUGCGUUCCGUUGCCGCUGAUACAUGGGUGAGCAUGCUCGACAUGGUCAAUUGCAAGAUCUUGUCGGUUCUCAAGUCUGACGCAGUCGAUGCCUACUUGCUGUCCGAGUCCAGCAUGUUUGUCUUCCCCCACAAGCUCAUCCUCAAGACGUGCGGCACGACCACCCUUCUCCUUGGUCUUCAGCGUAUGCUGCAUAUUGCCGCUUUGGAUGCCGGCUUCCCGUUCCACAAGGCCGAGAAGGCUGACGAGAUCCGCGCUACUGCGAUUCCGUACCGUGUCUUCUACAGCCGCAAGAACUUCUUGUUUCCCGACAAGCAGCAGGGACCCCACCGUAGCUGGAAGCAGGAGGUCAAGUAUCUGGAUGACAUGUUUGAUGGUGGCAGCGCGUACAUGGUGGGAAAGAUGAAUGGAGACCACUGGUACCUGUACAUCACUUCUCCCAACCAGGCGAUGACGCCUCCUCGGACGCCCGACGUCGAGGCCAACGGGCACGCUCCUGAGAUGACCAACGGCUUGGCGGCUAUCAAUGGCACAGCUGAGAACAACGACGAAACUCUGGAGAUUCUGAUGACCGACUUGGACCAGGAGAACGCGAAGCAAUUCUACCUUGCCAACGCUAGUGCUGUUGCCAGCAGCAAGCUGCAAGUGGAGGCUGAAGACGCCAGAGGCAAGGCUCAAGAAAGCUUGGGAAGCUUGGAUGAAGUCGACGUGUUCGACAAUGUCGGCUCAGGCGACGGAGCGGCUCAGAAGCUCGACGAAACGGAAGCCCUGACCACAGAGGGCCACGCGCUGGGUACUGUUGUUUCCGAGAACUGCGGCCUCUCUGACGUGUACCCGACCAGUGUGUACCCCGACGCCCGCGUCGAUGCCUACCUGUUCGGGCCUUGUGGAUUUUCGGCCAACGGUGUUGUGCCUCCCGUGUCCACAGCCGGGCACAUGGGAACAAAAGGCGGCCACUACUGGACGGUCCACGUCACGCCCGAGCCCGAGUGCUCAUACGCCUCCUUUGAGACCAACGUCCCUGGCAGCCAGACGGGUCGCACCACUGCGGAGAUUAUCGAGAAUGUGGUCAACAUCUUCCAGCCUGGCCGUUUCAGCGUGACCCUGUUCGAGGCCAAGGGCAAGAGCGCAGACACGAGCGGAGCUGAGGACGGUAUCUACAAGGGUCCGUCUCGCCGGACCUUGGUGGACCCUGUCAAGGGCUAUCGUCGCGUGGACCGCAUUGUUCAUGACUUUGAAGACUACGAUCUUGUCUUUCGCUUCUAUGAGCGCGAUGGCUGGGUCGGUGACAAGACCGCCAGGGUUGGGGAGGUUGAAUGA